CAACUUCCUCCCUAUACAAAACCACAACCACAAGUCCACAAUCAUACCUCAUUCAUCAAAAUCAUCAUCAUUCAAUUCAUCUCCCACAUCGCACAAACCGAAAAAUGUACGGCAACAACGACCACAUACCGGUUCACCACGUUGUGGGCCCAAACCAGAACCCAAAGCCCAUGAAGCGCCACCACACGGCCCGUUACUACAUGCAGCGCGUCCAGGACAGCCUCACCACCCAAGUCUCCAAAGUCGUCUGCUCUAUCUUCUUGGCCCUCCUCGCCAUCGUGGGCCUGGUUGCCUUCAUCACGUGGCUCAGCCUCCGCCCCCACAGGCCCAGGUUCUUUAUCCAAGAGUUUAACAUGCCGAGCCUGGCCCAAAACAACGGGUUCCAAAAUGCCCAGAUCACAUUCAACGUAACAGCCCGAAACUCCAACCAAAACAUUCGGGUCUCCUAUGAGUCCAUGGAUGGGGCGGUUUUUUACCGGGAGCAGAAAAUCGGGUACACACCGUUACUUUCUCCGUUUAUUCAGCAGCCCAAGACUACCAAGGUGCUUGACGGCGUUCUCAGUGGUGCAACAUUGACCGUCACGAAUCAGCGUUGGUUGGAGUUCCAGAGCGAUAGAUCUGACGGUAACGUGGAAUUUCGCUUGGAGUUAACGUCUGUGAUUAGAUUCAAGAUUGCCACGUGGGAGACAAAGCGUCACACGAUGCACGCCAACUGUAAUGUUGGUGUGGGACCCGAUGGUUCACUCUUAUCCAAUUACAAGAACAAGAGGUGCCCCGUUUACUUCUCUUGAGGAUUAUGAAGCUUUUGGUCUUUGCUUGGACAUGGAUUUGUUAUUUCAUCAAUUUGUUUUCUAAUUGAUUUUUGUAUGAUUAUAUACAGAAAGAAAAACGAAACAACAAAACUACUAUAUAACGAUAAUUCAAGGAUGUAUUUUUUUUGUAAUUAUCUCCAUUUACGGUUUUUUAAAUGAUGUGUUUUUUAUUUAUAUUUGUAAACACUAUCUUCCUAGAUAAUGAUUUUUGUACA